CCCCAUUCGUGCUUGCUUGAGAGAGAGAGCGCGGCACAAGCAGGGGGAGCAGCAGGCAGAGGGAGAGGAGAGACAGGUUCCCCGCUAAGCAAGGAUGCCUAUGUGGAAGAGCCACCGCCCGCGAGCCUAGAGCCAGCGAGGGUUGGAGGGCCGCCAGGGCGAGUCCCGAAGCCCGACGCCGAGCUCGCCACCUCGGUUCUCGCUGCGCAGAGGGAUGCUAGCAGGGCCCACCGAGCCGGUGACUUGGGAUUCAGAACGUUAGUAGCUCGAGCAACCGGCAGUAAGCGCCAGCCAGAGAGGAGGAGGCAACCCACACCAGCGCAGGGAGAGCGAUGUCCGCACGUACAGACGGCGCCGGGCGCGGGGUUGGCGCAGCGCGGCCGCAAGGGAGCCCCGCCGUGUCGUAAAAGGGCCGUACGUGAGCGCAGCUCUGGAGGACGGUGGGGUCCCAUCUCGGACGCCGUGUCUGCGGUGCGGAGUGCGGCCAACCUGUUGCUCGUCACGGCGAGUUCGGCCCACGGGUCCGCGUUCGCUGCCAGCCUGCCGGCCUCUCAGAGGCGGUGACCCGGCCGCGGGGGCGGGGGCGGCGCUAUGCGAACGGCGGAAGUGGACGAGCGGCGGGAGCCCGAGCGGCCUCGUGGCCGCACCCCAAGCCCCGCGCGCCCGGACGUCGCCGCCCUCGAGCGCGAGCGCGUGCGCGCGCACCUGCGGGCCCGCCGGACGCUGCUGGAGGUGGCGAACUUGCUGGACGAGCUGCAGAGCGCGGUGGACACCUCGGCCGAGGGUGUCCGGGGCCCCGGCCGCUAUGUGGCCGGCGAAGCGGAGGAGCGGGUGCUGCAGCUGUGCGAGAAGGCGGAGAGGAAGGCCGCCGAGGCCGCGCUGGUGGGGCGGAGGAUCGUAGAGCUCCACCGGCAGAUAGACCGCUGCGGGUGCUCCUGAAGGACGCGGGGGCGGUUCCGAAGUAUACUCUUGUGCCUUGCUUUUUUUUUAUGCUUCCUGGAAUCUGGGGAUGCUUGGAAGAGGCUUGAGGUCAGAGUUCUGCAAGACAGAAGACACUGCCUGGCUGCAGCUGCUGAAAGGAAAGCCCAGACCGGCCAAGGAUGUGGAUGCCGCUGCUUUGGAUCAGAUUGAGAAGUCCCUGGAGGGUUGUUGGGCAUGAAGAGUGGUGGCGUCUGCAUUUUCGGAUUCUGUAGUCUGUCAGAUCGAAGGAGGAGAGUUGUGUUCUUUUCAUUUUUGUUUGCUUGUUUCUUUUUUUCAGAAAUGUAAUUUUUCUGUGGCAUGUUAACUGGUGCACAUCUUGUAACCUGUCUGGUGAGUAACCUAGAAUAAGGGAUGAGUUCUAGGUGCUGUGUGUAUUGGCUGACUUUGGGGCACACUUUUUUGAUGUAAUCAUGCAUUUCAGGAGCUUCUCUGCCACAGCUGCCUGUGACAUGUGCAUGGCCUGAAGGGUUUGGGGAGGGGAGCAUGGGUCUGACCCUGGCAGGCCCAGAAUGAUAGCAGGAAGCUUCUUCCAGGCUGAGAUGAUAUCCAGUCUUGGUCCUCACAGGUUGAGAUCAGAGCUCUAGCUUUCUUUGAUAAAGUUCAGUUGCCUGGAAAAACAAAUGCUGAAAGCCAGUUUUUAGUGCAAAUAACCAAAGCCAUUGACUUGGCCAAGAAAAGGUGAGAGGAAUAAAUUCUUUUCAGAAUAAAAGUUUCUCUUUGAUUGUCGUUAUUGUCAAAUGAAUGUCCAUUGGGAAUGUGCUCAAAAGCCUGGAGGCCAGAGAAGGGUUUGGUCUGUAGGGACUGUAACAGGAGAGGAGAGAAGAUACAGCCUCAGGAAAGCAUUUGGGCUGGCCUCUGCCUUCAGAGCAAUUCAUUCAGUCACUUAACAUUCACCGUGACCAUGGGCUCCUCCAGAGUCUGCCAGACACUAGGAAUUUCCAGGAGAGAUGAUCCAGUGGGUUAAGACAGCUCUUGUUAAUGUAAAAUCACAGUACAGCACCCCCGGUGCUGGUCUUUGGUUUGCCACAUAAGCUGGGUGCCUGCGGAUGGCUGGGGUGCAUCGGUGGGCAAAGUGCAAGCCUUGGAUCUGACAUUUGUAAGCUUAGAGCAGUGCCCCGUCAUGCUAAGGCAGGAAGGAAACUGUAUGUCAGGUAGUGGUAAGUUCUAUAGAAAAAAGAGGAGGAGUAUUGAGGAGGGAGGGGUUGCUGUUUUAUAUAGGGUGGUUGGGUGACAUACCUGAUGCAGCGACACUGGGGCAAAGAGAAGUGUGGAAUGAGUUGGGGCUGGAGCAAGGGUGAGGUGGGGAGGCAGGGCACAAGCAGCUGGGGGUGCUUGGGGUACAGUGGUCCCUGCAGGUGCUGGCGGGUGUGUGGACUGCGUUCUGAAAGUGUUGCUAAGGCAUGACGCCGGUGCGCAAGGAUCUAGCUGUGGUCCUGAGGCUCAUGGCCUGAGCACCUGUUGAGGCUAGCCAUGUCGUUCGCCAAAUGGGGGCAGUUUUGAAAGGGUAAGAUGGUCCUAGUAGUAAUGUGGUUUGUGGUCCCAGGCUUGCUGCUGGCAGACAAGGAGAUGUAGGUACCCUUUGCUUGUACUGCAGUGGGAGCACUAAAGAGGGAGUCCACUGAGCAUUGGGGAGUGUGGGAAAGCUUUUUGGACCGAACGACUCUUAGUCUGGGCCCAGAAGCUUGAGCUCAGCCUCCCGAACGGCACCCCAGGCACAGGGAAUGGGCAUCUCAGAACCAAUUCUGGGAGUCUCUCAGGAGGUCGAAAUGGGACAUGGUAGGGUUUGUGGGUGUUUGCAGGGCACAGAGAGGCAGGAAGGGAGGUGGGCAUGGUUGUAGAGGUCUGCUUAUGACCUGGAAGAGGUUAAACUUGAUCCUGUGAGUCCCUGCUUCUGCCUCUGCGGUGUUUGUGCUCCUGGCUGGCCUGCACGUGCCAUCAAGUACUUCGUACCAGGGCAUAUGUCACCGUGUUCAGAAUAGGGUUCCCGAAUGUGUGACAGCAAAGAUACUGUUUAAUUUUUAAAAUGACCUACCCACGGCAUCUGGGGGGCUCAGUUGGUUAGGCAUCUGCCUUUGGUUCAGGUCAUGACCUCAGGGUCAGGGGAUUGAGUCCUGACUCAGGUUUCUUGCUCAGUGGGGAGUCUGCUUCUCCCUCUGCCUCCUGCUCCGCCUGCUUGUGCUCUCUCUCUGACAAAUAAAAUCUUAAAAACAAAACAAUGUGAAUAAAAUAAAAUGACCUACCACUCACUAGAGUCACAACCGGGGCUGCUUCGGGCUCUGUCCCGAGCCCCUAAAGCAGUGCUGUUCAAACUUCAAGUGUGGGGGUGCCUGGGUGGCUCAGUGGGUUAGAGCCUCUGCCUUCAGCUCAGGUCAUGAUC